CUCCAUAGCUAACUAGCUAGCUUAAGCCAUCUCGCCAUGGCUACCGGUAAGCUCUUCGCGGUUGGCCUCAUUGUCCUACUAGGCAUUGGAUUAACCAAUGCUAUUAGGGUCGUGAACCACGCCACUGCUGAUGGCCAAGGAGGUGGAGGUGGCGGAGCAGGCGGCACCGGAACCAGCUACGGCUCCGGCUCGGGCUACGGCUUCGGCGAUGCCGAGUCCUACGACGGCAGCGCCCAGUCUCCGACCAGCAACCACGCGUACGCCAGUGGAUCCGGUGAAGGCGAUGGCGUCUGGCAAGGCCACGACCAGUCCGCGUCCGGCUACGGAGCUGGGGGUGCAUCUGGUGCAGGCCACGGCGACUCAGGUAACCGGAACACCGGUGGGGCUUCAAAUGCGAAUGGAGCCGGCGGAGGCGGCGGCUCCGGCGGAAGCUACGGGAAUGGCAGCGGAUCUGGUGGGGGCAGGGGAGUCGGCGAAGGUGAAGGCGAUAACUAUGGAGCCUAUGGCUCGAGCUACGCGAAUAGCGGUGGCUCCGGAAGCGGAAGCGGAGGUGGUCAUGAUGGUGGGUUUGGCAGCGGUUCCGGUGGCGGAUCGGGGAACAGCGGUGGUGCUACAUCAGGUUACAACGAUGGUAGCCGCAACGGCUCAACACCUUAAAGUUGUUACUUUGGGUUGAAAUAACCACGUCCUGAUGAGGGCUGGGGCGAUGCGAACACAUGUUCGUUCCAUGUAGUGUCAAGCUCAAUGUUUCUCUGAAUAAGCCAUGUGGCGCUUGUUAGUCGUCACUGAUUACUUCUGGUGCCUCGCAACUGAUGUGUAACACAUGCAUGUAAUGGUUGUAGUGAUCCGCCAGAUGAUCAAGUUAAAUGGUGAUUUGAUGAAGAAGUAAUUUAAA